AUGGAGACCCAUAAGGAAUCUGACGAUGAGUUCCUGCCUUUGCAAGGUCCAGUUUCUUCUCCUUCUGGAAAAGGGGAAAUCCCAGGUUGUGGCUCCCCAUCACCAUCUUCCCCUGGUAUUCCAACAGACCAGGGCCAUGGUAUUUGUUCAUGGGCUUCAUUGCUUUCUGGAGGGACUUCUGCUGGCAGCCAACCAGAGCAUCCUCUAGAGGAACUCACCAGACAAUGGGCAGGGAAAGCCAACCCGAAGCUCACCAUCUUCGCUGGUGGCACUUUCCUCAUUCUGGUUGAGGAUGACCAGCAACUACACUGCAUCACUCAGAAGCAAGCUUGGAGGGUUGGGGGCAGGACUCUUGUUACUUGCCAUUGGCAGCCAAGUAUAGCCAAGGGUCUUCAGGGUGAACUUUUGGAAAUAGAUACUCAAACUAGGGAUAUUAAUAGAGGGGGUUUUGCCCGCAUCAGAGUUGAACUUCCACUGAGUGCCCCACUACCCCCUGAAUUUCAGUUUGUGCUAAAGGAUAGUCACACCCUCGCCCAACCCUUAGUCUAUGAGGGGAAAUUACGGUUUUGCAGGCUUUGUGGAGUCGACUCUCACCCACCCGACAAAUGCCCCAAGUGUGACUCCCAUGGACAGGGGAACUUCCAGCAUGAAGCGGUAAAAGGCAAAAACUCGUUGAAGGCAUCCACUUCAAGCAUAGGGCCUAUAGCACAAGGGGAAAUCACUCACAGUUGUGGAAGGGGCAGCAGAUGGUCUGACCAUAGGAAAUUUGCACAGGAUACCUCAAAUCGCAGUUUUGCCAAUCCGGAACCAGCGGGGCCAGCAGGAAAGCGUAAGCGCAUAAGCCUUGGCAAGGUUGAGGCCCUUGCAGACACCUCCCCACCAUCCCAGACCAGUGACUUUCAUACUGGUGUUGGUGAAGGUAUUGUUUCUAUCCAGCAUGUGAACAUUGAUAGCUUUUUUAUUUUUGAUACUCUUAUAAAUGUUUAUCGACUCCACAUUAACUCUGGUUUGCUUGGCUCUUAUGCUACUAUGUAUAAUGCUGAUAUGUGCGAUGGUGUGUUCAGAUACUUCCAUUUUUGGGCUAGUAGACCACAGUGCAAGUAUCUGGUUCAAGAGGCUUGGAGUUCACGAGUUUUUGGUUGCCCCCUUGUGAGGAUGAUUAAGAAACUGGAAUUCACUCGCUCUAAUCUCUCUAGUUGGGCUAGGAAUUGUGUGGGUGACAUUUCUCUCUGUAUCAAAGCUCUGAGGGUUGAACUUGACAAAGUCCAAUCCAUUGAAUUGGCUUCGACUGACAAUGACAAAAAUCACGAGAUUCUGAUCAGAAAAGAAUUGCAGGCCUCCCUUGAAGAUGAAGACAGCUUAUGGAGGCAAAGAGCUCGUGUCAAGUGGAUGGCUAAGGGAGAUCGUAAUACGACUUACUACCAAGCAAUAGUCAAAGGAUGUAAAACAAAAAAUUCUUUAUGUGCCUUGGAGCAUGAGGGGACUAGAAUCAACAAUGUGAAUCACAUUAGAUCUAUCUGCAAGGAUUUCUUCGAUGACCUUCUUGGUUCUGAAGAGGGCUCUGGCUGUUGUCUGACUAAGAAGGAUGAUGGGCCUCGUCUGCAAGAUGAGGAUAAUGCCACCUUGCUUCUCCCGACCACUCUCGACGAGGUCAUCAAUAGCUUUUUAUCCACCGGGAGAUUGGUUAAGAAAGUUAAUCGUAACUAUAUUGCCCUCAUCCCCAAAAAGGAGGGUCUCUACAGAGUUGAUGACCUCCGACCUAUUGCUUUGUGCAACGUGUUGUAUAAGAUUAUAUCUAAAUUCCUCUCAUGUCGUAUGAAAAGAUGUUUGCAGAAAGUCAUCAGCAAGGACCAAGGUGCAUUCUUCCCUGAGCGAUCAAUCACAGAGAAUAUCAUCUUCGCUCAUGAAUGUAUCCACUCGCUUGAGGGUCUGCGUUAG